AUGGAGAUGUCAUUGAAGAUGAAUAACUAUAAGGUGGAGAUUUUUCCUAUAUUUAUUCAUGAAAAAUAUAGGAAAAACAAACUCAUUAAGGGUGGCCAUCAAAUGAAAAUCAAGGCAAAUAUGCAGACGAAGAAAUCCAAUAGUAAUUUCUAUGAAGUGCUUUCUCUGCGUUCAUCAAAUGUAGGGUUUGAAGAGAUAAAAAAAGCUUAUAGAUGCAUGGCUCUUCAAUACCAUCCUGAUAAUUGCCAUAAUUCAAAUAAAGAAGAAUCCACGAGACGAUUUAUUGAGCUGAGAAAAGCAUAUGAGACUCUUUCUGAUCCAAUUUCUCGUCAAAUUUAUGAUUCUGAGCUGAGUUUAAUAGAUUCUUUUGAGAAUGAAGUGAUUUGGAGACAAUCUAAGGAAAAUAGGAAGACAGUUUUGACCAAGGAGGUGUGGGAAAGACAGCUUGAUGGGUUGAGAAGACGAUCUUGUAAUAGAAUGGAGAAAAAGAAAAAAAAUUUAACUUCACCAAAUACUGCGGGCAGUGUUUUAAAAAGCGAUCGCUUCGUCGCUUUAAGCGAGAAGCGACGCGAAGCGAUGGCUGCUCGUUUUUCCAUGCCUGAGGUGACUCGACCAGAUGAAGCGCUCGCUUCAGUCGAAGAAGCGUGA